AACUUCCCAAAGCAGCAUGAAGAGAUAUGAGAGUCGUCGGGCGGCGCGCUACCGCCAUGUCACCUAGAGAGAAACAUUUAGCGCUUUUCUCUGUUUUAUGCUUAGUUUUGCUAGUAUUUUAUUAUAUACCUAUCAUUAUUUACGGAACUUUAAUUCUAUCAGUCUGCUGUUUUGCCUUUUACUAUCGCAGUGGAGAACAUCUACCCGCCAGGUUAGGCCCGAAUCCUCGGGGUGGGCUACACAUCCCAGCCGUGUUCCGGGGCUGGUUGCCGGGCUUGGAGACGACCGGCGUGUCGCUGGCUGCACGGGGAAAACCGAAAAGGAGCAUCAGCAGCUACAAAGCUGAGCACAGAGAAACAGAGGGACACUUCAGACAAAGACCUAGUGAAACCGGGAUUUAUCGAAGAGAAGCCUUGUCAAGCGACUCAUUUCUUUUCAGCCCCCGGGAUUUUCUCAUGGGGAGUUAUAUCGGGAAACCCGAAAGUCCAACCGCCGACUCUGGGAGGCCAAGAGUCGGGAGAAACCCCCGAGAGCAGCUGCGGGAAAGGCUGGCCAGAUCCAACCAUGCUGUCUAUACCCCGAACAGAAGACUUUCAUUCACUGGUGAGACGCUGGGUGCCCCGGGGAGGUUCACCAUCACCCCUCAGCGUCACUACCCCCUGCAGCAGCUCGGUGUGUCCUCAGUGGGAGUUCUGCCUCCCGUCAAGUGGGAUGGCUUCAGAAAGAAGAACAUCCUCAGUCCUCGUAAUUCCCCGUCUGCCCUCAGCCCUGUCACCGUGAAGAUCGCAAGACCUGACCACAGGAACCCCAGUGUGAACCAUCAAAGCUGUGCUGGGCUCACCCGGGCCCCUGCUGACCCCUGCUCCAGAGAGAGUGUCCUGAGGGUGUUGAAGGAGAGCCGCAAGAGGGAAAUGGAGGACGAGGAUAGGAACUUCACAACAGAGCAGAGGAGCAAAAGAAGGCGUAAUGACAGCGAUGGAAGUUCUCACUCUGCUUUUGAGCCUCUGCUGCCCAACGGAACGCCAUCCCAGCUGGUCCCCAAACCAGGAAGCCUAAAAAGAGGCAUGACCUUGGCGAUAGACGAGACCACCAUGAAGAGGUCCCGCACCUCCUCCAUCAGCUCUGGUACUGGGGCUCAUGCUGCCAGAGGAACCCCCGGCACCAGGAGAAACGCCAUCCAAAGCUCCUACAGCUCCUCAAUUGGCCUCAGCCAGUGGAAGAAGCCGUCAGCUCCCAGCUCUCCUCUGUCCAGCCUCGAAUCAUCUCGCUCUCAGACUCCAGAAGGAGCCUCUAAAAGAGCCAGAGAGGAAGACAUCCAGUCUCCCAGCUCAGCAUCUUCUGUGAGGUCAGAUCACACAAUGUCAGAGAAAACACCCGAUACUUCAAAACAAAGUCCAGUCCCCAAAGUUCCUGUCACAACAAGAGACUCAACUGGAAGUGGCGGAAAAAGAAAAAGAAAGAUCCAGCUGGUGUCCAGCAACCGGGAUGAUCAAAUAUCUCUGCCUCCACCCCCUGAGCUGGGCUACACCAUCACAGCAAGAGAUCUGGACGAAGAGAAAAAGGCAGCCAUCAGUAAGAUCCAGAAAGUCCUGGAGACUCCUGCCUCAGAACCAGAGAAGUCCAUGCCUCCAGAAGCCUCCACUUCAACUCAACCUGCUGCACCCAUGGCCAUGAGCAACCUCCUGGCAGCUCCUCUGCCCACAUCCACCUCUGUCGUUCCAGUCAUUAACCUGGACCCGAUUCCUGGUGGCAGCAGCAGUGCAGCAGCUCCUGCAGGCCCCAGCACUCUUCUGGAGGCCCUCAAAGUGAAGAUCAGUGUCCCCACCAGCUCCACGUCUGCUGCCAACACCACCACAGUGUCUGCAUCAGCCACAGCUCCACCUGCCACCACCUUUACCCUGAAGACCUCCACCCCAAUCCCUACCGCCCCACCUGCCUCUCAGUCCCAGUCUCCCUCCUCUGCUGCUACUGUGGGCCAACCCUCUGCCUUCACCCAGGUGCUGGCUCAGGUUUCCAAGGCAACCACCAGCAUUCCUGCUGCACCUAUAACCGGACCGACCCUGUUUGGACUGCCUGCUCUGAUCAGCAGCUCCUCUGUUCCUUCAGUCUCCACCACCGCUGCUCCACCUCUAGCUCCAACCAGCAGCUCUCAGCCCAUCAGCACGACCAAUCCUCUCCUGACUGCCGUGUUCAAGCCUAUCUUCGCAGCCGCCACAACCACUUCCUCACCUGCAUCCUCGUCAGAAACCAAACCCCAGCCCCAGAACUUCAAGCCCAUCUUUCCGCAGCCCCCCUCCAUCUCUGCCACCUCCACAGCCUCCACCCUCUCUGCCACUACAUUAUCCGUGUUUGGCGUGACAACCAGCAGUUCCAGUUCGUUCUCUGGCUUUAACAAUGCUUCAGCUGGCAUCACUACGACGACUCAGCCUGCAACCCUGCCGGAGGUUAAAUCCCUCUUUGGGAACUGGUCCUCACCGCCCACAACCAGCAGCUGCAGCUCUGCUUCAGGGCAGCCUCUGAGCACAGGGAGCAUGUUCCAGUUUGGAGCUGCAGCCACCACUGCUGCAGCAACAACUGCUGCAUCUGCUCCUGCGAUCUCCAAAACAAGCAACUUCAGCUUUGGAGCCGCGCAGCCGGAUCCCCAAGCUCCCAAAGUGUUUUCCUUCGGUCAACCCUCAUCUAGCCAGAGCACCACUACUGCUUCGUUUGGGGGAUUUGGUCUUGCCAACACGGUUUCCACCGCUGCUCCCACUGCAACUGUGGCCACUACUGCUGCUACCGCCACUACCCAGCCCACACAGCCCACAUUCACUUUUGGAAAGCCAACAUUUGAAGCACCAACAGCCCAACCGGCCUUCAGCUCUUCGUCGGCUCCCCCGAAGCCCUUCACCUUUGGGAGUGGUGCCGCAUCAUCCACAACUGCUGGCACCGCCACAGCACCGGCUCCAUUCACGUUCGCAGCGCCCGCUCCUGCCGCUGCUACAUCAGCUCCCACCUUUGGGACUCCAGCUAAACCAGUGUUUGGCACCGGCUCCACUGGUUUUGCAUUUGGCGCCAAUGCAGCCCCUUCAGUCACACCAAGCUUCGGCGGAUCAACGCAGACUCAGAGCUCCUCCACCUCUACGUUCCCAUUUGGAAGCAGUAGCGGCGCCGCCCAGCCAGCAGCCUCUGGAUCAGCUCAGCCUACGACUGGUGGAUUCAACUUCGGAGCCAGUAUGUCGUGCCCCCAGUUCGGAACACCAGUUUCCAGUAAUACAGCACCGCAGAUGGGAAGCUUCAACUUUGGAGCAGGUGCUGCUGCAGACAAGCCAGCUUUUGGGACAUCAACCCUGUCAUUUGGCCAGGGUGCCACUCCAGGUCCGAUUCCCUUUGGAAGUCCAGCAACUCCAGUCCAAGGCUUUAACGCUGGUCCUUUCGGGUCUCCUGCAACCCCCACCUUCUCUAUUGGAGCCGGAUCGAAGCCGUCCGGUGCACGUCAGAGGUUGCAGGCACGAAGGCUGCAUAACAGGAAGAAGUAACCCGUUGAACGUGUCCGACACCAUUUCUAGAGGACCAUGGCAAGCCUGACUAAUACGCCUUCAUGGCUUUAGCUCCAACAUCCUCCAAUCAGGCUGCCGCCCUCCUCUCCCUUGUUUCCUUCCAGUCCAACAGCAGCGUGUGCUGGCCCGGAGCGCUGAGUUAGCAGAGGAGUUAGUGAAUGUCACAGCAGGAGGGAAUCAUCCACAACAACGUGCUAUACUUGAAGAAAGAACAGACAGUCGAGUUGUUGGAUUCUGAACAAAAAAGUACAUCCAAAGUUUCUCGUCCUCUUUCAGUACAUGGACGCUCCUGCCGAUUUUGUCCGGAGGAGAAAGCUGAGACGUUUAUUUUUUUACUCAAUCUCUGGUUUGUAUGUUACCGAAUGUUUCAGUACAAUGAGUCUAAACAGGAGAAGUGCUCAGCUGCUUCAGAUGAGGUGCAAGAGUGAACAUGUAAUUGCAUUUAAAUUAUUUUUUUAAUUGGCUCUCUGACCUUGUAAAUGGAUGAAUGAUGUUUCUGCACUUAAAGGGCAACUCGGUUUAUGUCUCAAUGUAAUUUUUUGCAGAUGCUCAUGCAUAUCAAUAUUGCAAGCAUUCCCAGAGUCCUCCCAUGGAUGGCCUUUUUUCCUUAAAUCCUUAUCUUUUUUUUGUUUAUAUGAAGCAUUUGCCAACACUGAUGAAAGUAGCAGGUCAGUUUGUGAUUGGGAUGACUACUUCUGACCUGUGCAGACAAACCAAAGCCAACUGCUCAACUUCAUGUCUGUGAAAAGAAUAUAUGAUCUCCAGUUCACCUUUAAAUGCUGAGAUAUGUGUGUUUGUACGUGUGAGUGUGUGUUUGUGCCAGACUACCUCUUUUUAACCACAGGCACUGAAAUGUUUUGUUUAUCCGUAGAUUGGAUUUUAAUUUUAGCUACUGAUCUGUGCAAAUGGUUUGAAAUAUCUGCACACCACAUUACCCUAAUUUCAGAAAUGUCAUUGUUACAGUGGUUUACACAAUAUUAACCUAAAACCACGUAUUUUCAAACACGGGCUGAAUCUGGACUCUUGGAUACAAGGAGUUUUGUUUUUAAUAUUUUGCGACAUGGUUUCUGGAAUUUUUGUCAUUAUUUUAAUGUUGGUUGCUUCAUCAAAAUGGUUUGUUGCUUCGUAAUGAUUGCUCUCUCGUGACACCUGAACAGCAACUGAGUUAGUAUUUGAUGAGGUUUUUUCCUGAAUGAAUAAAAUCACAGUUUGAGAUGUGAAUGUUCAAAAUUGUACACAUAAAACAUUGAGUGCUUUUUUUCUGAGAUUAGGUGGGUAAAAUAACCUUUAAGUAAUUUUUUCUUGCAGUUUUUGUUUUUAUUAUUUAAAUGUGUAUAAAACAAUGCUGGGAUGUGUAAAUAAUUAAGCCUGGUAUUCAGUGGUAAAAAUCCACUUUUUAGCUAUUAUCUAGCAUAAAAAGUAUAAAAUGACAACCAAGAUGUCCUAUGUUCCAAAGAGUGAUCCAAGAAAUCUUGAGAAUGAUUUCGCAGACCUAGUAUUAAGACUUUUACACAAGUUGACUGCAGUGUUCCUAAAUGAAUCUUUUCCUACCUCAGAAUUUCUAGGAAAUUUCUUGUUUUGAAACAAGUUAACCGUCUUGAUUUAAGUGUGCUCCAGAAUCGGUG